UAUCAAAAAUAUGGCGGAAGUCUUUAGAUGCAUAACGUGUCGAAAAAUGUAAAGCAUACUUAACACAAUCUUUCUUUCACGUUGACUAGUAUGUUAAACUAUGCGUAGUAGUAAACUAAAUAAGAAAAGUAAUAUUGUUUAUUGUGCAUUAGUGCAUAUGACAUGUGUAGUUUUUUUUUCAUUAUAGGAUAAACGGUACACAUCGUUAAUUAAUGAAGAUUGGUAGUUGUAUGGAAAUAUUAUAAACUUAAGUUUUAACCGGAGCAUGCACUUUUUUUUACAAAAAAUAUAUAACAUAUUUCUGUUUGUAAAUGCUAAAGAAUGCCACCCAAACAGAGGAAAAUUGCUAUUAUGGGCUAUAGAUCAGUAGGCAAGUCGUCACUGAGCAUACAAUUUGUCGAAGGACAAUUUGUGGAUUCGUAUGACCCUACGAUAGAAAAUACAUUUACUAAAAGUACACGAGUUAAUAGCCAAGAUUAUGAAGUUAAAUUAGUAGAUACUGCAGGUCAAGAUGAAUAUAGCAUAUUUCCAACUCAAUAUUCAAUGGAUAUCCAUGGUUAUGUUUUGGUUUAUAGUAUAACCAGUGCUAAAAGUUUUGAAGUUGUACAAAUUAUUUAUGAUAAGCUACUUGACAUUACAGGAAAAGUCCAUGUUCCAAUCGUACUGGUCGGCAAUAAAACUGAUUUAUACGUAGACAGAAUGAUAACAACUGCACAAGGUAAACAGUUAGCAGAUGCUUGGCAUGCAGCAUUUUUAGAAACUAGUGCUAAACAAAAUGAGUCCGUUGCCGAUAUUUUUCACACAUUAUUGAUCGAAAUUGAAAAGGCUGAUGGAAAUGUACAAGAAAAAUCAAGUUGCGUUAUUUCUUGAGUCAGGUAGCUAGUUAGAAUUAUCGCUGUAGAUUAUAACAUUAACGUAUUAAACUUAUUAAAAUGCAUUUUCAUAGACUUGUUAAUUAUAAAUUAAACGAUCAAGUAUAUGAUGAUGCAUUUAACAUGAUCAUCAUUUCUUAUGUGUUGUACGAGUAGAACACACUAAGAAAUUAUCUAUUUUUAAAAUAUGUUAAAACAUACAUCAAAAUAUGUACAAAGAUAUUAAUUUGAUGGGUCGUAGUUUAUCAUUUAAUACUAAUUCAUGAUGAACUGAUCUUGAGUUCCGAAUGAUAAGUAAUUUAAUAAUCACGCAAACUUUCACAAUAUGUUCAAAUAUAUUUUAUUUUUAUGUAUUAGUAUAAUUUCUUACAAUAAUUGCAAUGCACAUGUAUUAAAAAAAAAGAAAAGAAAAGAAAAAUUACGAAUAAAUGAGAAUAUUUACUUAAUAGACAUACGUAAAGGUACCAAAUGUUCUGGUAGAAUUAUUGAUAAAUGUUCUUUUUAAAAUAAAGAAAUAAAGUAAUAAUAUUCGUUUUGCACAGUUAUAAUUUAUCAGUAAAUUAUCAAAUAAUUUACAUUUGGCCAUAAAAAAAUUUAUUAACAUUUGGCUACAAAAGUAGUCAAAUAAUUUUGUCAGUCCAUUUUAAUAAUUAUUGACUUUUAAUUUAACAAAUUAAUUGUAAUUAUGGAUGUACAUGGAAAAAUGUAUGUCCAUAAUUUGUAAUUAUGUACAUUUAUUGGCCGAAAGUGUUCCUACAAUAUAAGAUUCUUGUUUGAAUGGAGUAUUGUGUAUACAUGAUUGCAAUUUUCUUGUUUAAAAAUUCAUGCAAGAUGAUAUAUAAAUCGCUAUUAUUAUUUUUACAUGCUCUUGAUUUCCAUAUUUGAGUGCUAUAUCGAAACCAGUGCUUUAUCAAGUUUAAUUGUAAAUUAUAUUGUCAUAUAUAUAUAUAUAUUUGUGAUUUGUGUAGAAUCUUUCUUGGUAAUAUAGAUAAAUAGUUAUAUUUCA